AUGAGUACACUUCGUUGCUGCAUUGUUAUACUUUUGGGUGCUCUGAUUGUUGAAGUUGCAGUGGCUGGAAACCAUAAGUCGCAGGAUGAAAAGGAUGAACAUCAUUUCCAGCCCGAUGAAGUAAAAAGUUCAGAUGAAGCUAUAGAACGGAUACGACGUCAGAUUGGAGCUUUUGGAAUUGGAGCUGGAUUUUAUGGAGGAAGGAAUGUUGGUUCAAUCGGUAAUCCUUAUUAUGGGGCUCCAUAUGGAAAUCUCUACUUUGUGCAACCUUACGGGCACUACUUCCAUGAUCGCAGAUUUGGAGCCAACUACGGUUUCGGUGGACAUUUCUACGGUCGCUAG